AUGGAGACAGCCAGAGCAAACGGGACGAUGGGAAAGCCAGAGGAAGUGAAGACGACUGUCUCUCCUAAGAAGGAAGGCGAAGACGGGAAGAUAUCCAGCAGCCCUAAUCGAGGAGACAAAGAUGUAAAUAAAAACAAUGCCAGCCCCUCUCUGGAAACGGGCCAGCUCAAAAAUUCCAUUUAUGCCGGAGGAGACUGGAAGAGACCCAUCAUCCAGUUCGUUGAAUCGUCAGAUGAGAAGAGGUCAACCUACUUCAAUAUGGAUUCAGGAGAGGUCAAGAAGCCAACGUUCCCCAACGUACAGCUAGGGGAAACCCGCCGGCCCCAAAUUUCCUUCCCAGAGAGAGGGGACCUGAGGAAAUCCUUAUUCAACAUGGAGGGCAAGAAACCCUUCACAAGUGACGGGGAGGGGAAAAAGUCGCUGUACGCCAGCAGCCCCAUUGCCGACCUCAGGAAAUCCACAGUCUCCCUUGGGGAGUCAGGAGAGGCUAAGAGGAACAGCUACAACAAGGUCAACCGAGGGUCGAGUUCGAGGCCCCGGGUCUUGGAAGAUGUCCUUUGUGACUCCUGCAUCGACAACAAGCAGAAAGCCGUGAAGUCCUGCCUGGUGUGUCAAGCCAGCUUCUGCGAGGUUCACCUGAAACCCCACUUGGAAGGGGCUGCUUUCCGAGAUCAUCAGCUCCUGGAUCCCAUCAAGGAUUUUGAAGCCAGAAAAUGCCCUGUCCAUGGCAAGACCAUGGAGCUCUUUUGCCAGACGGACCAGGUCUGCAUCUGUUACCUCUGCAUGUUCCAGGAGCACAAGAACCACACCACGGUCACAGUGGAGAUCGAGAAGUCCGGCAAAGAGACUGAACUCUCCCUCCAGAAGGAGCAGCUGCAGCUCAAGAUCAUAGAGCUGGAAGAUGAAGUGGAUAAAUGGCACAAGGAGAGAGAUCGCAUCAAGAACUUCACAACCAACGAGAAAGCUACCGUGGACCAGCAUUUUAAAGAGCUGAUCCGUGACCUGGAGAAGCAACGGGAGGAAGUGAAGGCUGGCUUGGACCACAGAGAGAAGGUAGCUGUGGAGAACAUCAAGGAGAUUGUGGAAGAGCUAGAAGACAGGGCCAAGCUGCUGCAGGAGGACAAAGAGACGAGGGACCAGAUCGGCCAGAUCAGUGACUCAGUGCUCUUCCUGCAGGAGUUUGGUGCUAUGAUGCGGAGCUAUACCAUCCCUCCAUCUCUGCCUACGUACAGCAUCCUGCUUGAGGGGGAGAACAUGAGCCCGGCUAUGGGACUACUUAGAGAUGACCUCCUGAACGUAUGCAUGAGACACGUUGAGAAGAUCUGCAAGGCAGACCUGAGCAGGAACUUCAUCGAGAGGAACCACAUGGAGAACGGAGACCAUCGUUUCAUGAUGAACAACUACAGUGACUGGAACCAGCCAGAUAGCCUGAAGAGGUUUUCCAUGUUCUUGACUCCAAAAGGUGGCAACUACAACUCCAGAGCGUGGGAAUUUUCUGCCAUGCAGACUGCCGCAGAGGAGUCGCUGACGACAGCUAACUCGGCGUUCUCCUUGAAAGUAGGCAAUGGAACCAAGGUGCCUUAUCAGUUCCCCUCAAUUGGCCAGAGUUCACCCGGAGAUUUCAGCAAGCAGUCUGAUGGGAGCCUCUAUACUAAGAAUGCGUACCCCUCAAUAGUGAGGCACCAAGCUGCUAAAGCACAGCCCCAGACAUGGAAGUCUUCCAAGCAGAGCAUGCUGUCCCACUACCGCCCUUUCUACGUCAACAAGGGCAACGGAGUCUCUUCCAAUGAAGCGCCGUGAUCCUCAAGAUUCCCAGGAGCAGCCGGUCGUGGGACGAGAUGAGGAUGCACAGACGAGAAUUUUCCCGGAUGCUUCUGCUCUA